CGUGAUUCUGAAGCUCAGGCGAAAGCUCUUCCUUUCAGUGCUCACUUUCGGCAACAUUGUGUCUACUCGUUAACUCUAACAAGUCAAAAUGGCGGAAGAAGGCGGUACACAGGAUGGGCUGGCGCCACCACAAACUGAAACUGGAGCUGAUGGAGAGAUUGUUGGAGGGCCACGAACACCCCAGCAAAUUGCAGCCCAGAAGAGGCUGCAGCAGCAACAGGCCCAAGUUGAUGAGGUCUGUGAAAUAAUGAAAUCAAACGUUGAAAAAGUACUCGAUCGAGACGCAAAGUUAUCAGAACUUGAUGAUAGAGCCAACGCCCUUCAGCAAGGAGCAUCCCAAUUUGAGCAGCAAGCAAAGAGUUUGAAGAACAAGUUUUGGCUCCAAAAUUUAAAGAUGAUGAUCAUCAUGGGCGUAAUAGGAAUCGUGAUAAUAGGACUCCUCUUUGUUCGAUAUCGCGGCACCCCGUCUAUGCCCAGCAUCACUCCUGUGGCUGCCACCAAUGCUACUCUGCCCGUUGCCUCUACUAAGUGAAGAUAUAUGUAGAGAAUCACGUCAAUCUUCAGGUAAGAUUAUUUAAUGUAAAUUUCAAUGUACCCAAUAUAGAUGUAAUUUAAAAAAUAUGUAUUUAUUCCUAUUACAUAACAUCUAUUGAAAUUGUAUAGAAUUGUAUUUACUCCAUAUAGAUUUCUAAUAAUACUAACUUAGGUUAUUAAAUGUAAAUUGAAAGUCUAUUCAAUUGUUGUUUAAGGAAUAAUACUCUAUAAAACAAUAUUAAUAAAUAACAAAAGUUGUAAUUUCCUUCAAAGAAAUCUAUGUUAUAGCAGACAGUAGCAUAUAAAAUAUGUUUUGUUUUGUAUGAAUCGUACAUUAAUUAGGAAAGUAUGUUUCAUACCAAAUUUAAUGAUGCAGCUUACUGAAGUGGUUAGACUUCACAGAUAUACAAUAAUAUGUAGUUUUAUCCAGCGCCAUGAAAUUACCGCAAUUAAAUAUUAGGCAAAAAGUUAUAAAAUUGCGCAAAUUUUGUCUUCAUCGUAUAAUUCGUUAAAUAAUAAAUAAGUGUUACUAUAAACGUUGACCUAAUUUUUCACGAACUAAUAUUAAUAAAAUAUUUCUUAGUCACUGAUUAAUUUACAUCUUUUUACUUUCUGUUAAUACUAUGAACUCGUGUUCUUUUCUUUAAUAGUUAAAUAUUUUAUUAAGAUUAUCCAUAAGGCGUUAAAUACUUAAUUCAGUACGAUGGUAAUUCAAUUCAAUUUCGCAUCGUUAGCUGUUAAAAAUGUGGGGAUAAGGGCUGGCAAAGACGGCGAAAUUAUAUACAAAUUCAUUUCAAAUGAAAUAGAUGAUUUUAUUUACAUUGAGCUAUUGAGAAAUAAUUUGCGUGCCUUUGUAGCUUUUAAUGAAUAAUAUUGAUGUUAUACUUAACAAUUUUAUAAGUCUCUCAAGUGAAACUUUAAUUCGUUAUUUGUUUAAUUUUGGAACACUCAAUCAUCCUCUUUCAGAGAGUAUUUUAAAUAACUUUAUUUAUUUUUGUUGGAUCUGUGAUAUUAAAAGUAUUGUGGGAGAUAGAAUACGUAAGAGGAAGCAACAUAAAAAAUUUGAAAGACGGAAGUCCUGGAAGUCGGAUUACACUUCAGAAAUUAUUCAAUUUGUGUUUUUUAAGGCUUCCAAAAUCGAAACGUGAACUAUGUUAAUUAGAAUUAAAUUUCUAUUAUUAUAGGUAUUUAUAUACUAUUAAACACAAUUAUAAACUUCUUAUUUUUAAAUUUGCAUAAAAUAAUAAAUAAAUGAAAUGGAAUACGGAUUGAUUUCAAUGAAUUUUGUUUAUAUCAGGUAUAAUAUAUUUUAAUAAUGCUUAAAUCCUUUGGAGACUUGUUAUAUUCCAUACUCUCUCAGUAAGUUCAUUAGAUAUAUAAUAUUAUAUUAAAUGUCAAUAAUCGAAGGGUUUCACACGGCCUAUAUAUAGUAGACGGAGUCAAUUUUAAGUAUAUAUACUCAAAGUAUCCAUAUAAAUUACUCUUAAAGUUGACAUCCACAACGGGGCAAUUCUUAAAAAAGGAAUAUAUUUCAAUGUAGGCUCUAUCGGAAAUGUAUUUACACGAUGAAAUCAUUUUUUGUGAGUAGUAAGCUAUAUAUGUUGUCUUAUAAAGAAACUUACGAGAAUAACACUUUUGAAUAUAAUGAAGUUUAGAUUGCCACCUACACUUCACUAUAGUUUUAGUAAAGGAGAGAUUUCAAAAUUGAAGUUUACAGUGAGGAAAAUAAACUUUCUGAUAGCGAUACGAUUAAGCGACAAAAGCGUUGAAUAAUUAAUAUUCCUUUUUUAAAAAUUGUCUCAUUUAGAAAUUAGGUUAAUUGUAACACCAAGGUAGGGAAAGGUAAAAAUUGGUAGAUCGUGGAAUUGAUUACGGUAAGACUCAAUAUGUUACUUUAAAGCUUUAAAAUCACGCGUUUCGUCAAUUAUGUAUCUAUAUGUUAGAACUAUAUACUAUAAUUUAACUUAUAUUAAUAUUGUAGAAUUUUAGAAUUAGUUUCUAUCUCGUAGCAGGAACUACGUUUUAUGUUCAAAAAUACUAUAAAUAUUUAAAAUAAACUAAAAAGUUAUUUGGACGUUGUAAAUCUCUAAAUGUCUCUAAAGUAUUGCUACAUGAAAGAAAUUAUGUUUUUUUAAUAUAAGAAAUUUGAAAGAAGUCACUUUGCCCGGCAAAUGUAUUCUUAAACUAUAUACUUAAGUAUGUACAGGAAAUGUAUGGUGCCAUUGACAAUAUUAGUUCUCUUUACUAUUCUAAUGAUAUUAUGGGUAUGUUAAGAUAUUUGUUCUUCAUGUAUGAAAAACUUUAAAGUUUAAGACUAAUAUAAUUAUUAAGGGAUGCCAAUAAAACUAUAAUCUAUGACAACAAAUAUUUCCUAUUAUGAGAGAUUAAUACAUUAUUUGGUAAUUUGACCAUAUAGAUUGGUAUAAUUGGCUAAUCAACAGAAAUUUUAUU